AUGGGUGGGGGCAGUGGCCAAGGCGUUCCUGGCCGGGAGCCCAGAGGAGUCUUUUGUAAUCACAACAUGAUCUCGUGUGCUGAGCAGCGAAGCCGGCAGGGAGAGGCCGGCAGAGGCCUGGCUCCAGUGGCUCCAGCGUCCCUCCUGCUUCGGCUCCCCCGGGGCUGCUCUGGAAUUCUCUCCGUGCCUGCUGUUGCCAUGCACUCAGCUGGGCCUCACGGGGCUGAGACCCCGAUGAACAGGCAGGAAGAGAAGGAUGCAGAGCUGGACCGGAGGAUAGUUGCUCUUCGAAAGAAGAACCAGGCCCUACUACGCAGGUACCAGGAGAUCCAGGAAGAUCGUCGGCAGGCGGAGCAGGGGGGCAUGGCUCUGACCACGCCGGAGCUGCUGCCCCCUGACAGCCUCACCGUCACCAUCAGCCAGGUUCCCGGGGAGAAGCGGGUGGUCAGCCGGAACUGGGCGAGGAGCACCCUUGGGCCUGGAGCAGCCAAUGAGAGGCUGGAGGAUGAGGAGGUGGGGGACCACGCUGACACGUUCUGCUUGGGGGAGUGGGUGGAGCUGGCCGUGACCAUGGAGAACAAAGCCGAGGCCAAGCGGAUCGUAAGUGAGAAGCCCAGAGCGAGGAACCAGGGGGCAGAAGGGUCACCUGGAGAGGCCUUGGGCCGGAGCUCCUUCACGCACAUGGCUGCCAGCUUGGAUUCUGCACGGAGGGGUGCCCGGGAGCCCCGGAAUCCAGGCCUGGGACGCCCAGCUGCCCGCCGGCCCGCGUGGGGGCCCCUGGAGGCGGGCUGGGACUAUGCGCAGUGGAAGCAGGAGCGGGAGGAGAUUGACCUGGCCCGCCUCGCCCGGCACAGGGAUGCACAGGGUGACUGGCGCCGCCCAUGGGACCUGGACAAGGCCAAGCCCACGCUCCCGGGCUCCAGCCAGCCUCGGGAUGAGGGCCCCGGGGGGACAGGCAGCGCCAGGGGUCCCAGGAGCCACCGGAAGCUACAGCCCCCACCUCGGUCCCCUGAUGGCAAAGGUGGUGCCGCUCGGGGUGGGCAAUCUAGCAGACCCGUGGUGGCACUGGCCCUACACAGCAAAGCCCGAGGGACGGAGAGGCUGACUGGCAGGGCCCGCAGGUGGGAGACAAAGGAAGACAAGGAGGAGGUGGAGAGCCAGGAGGGAAGUGAAAGCACCAGCCAGACUCUGAAUGAGAAGGAACCUGCACAGACACAGAGCAGGAUGGAGCAGGGCAGACCCCCGAGCGCCCUGGAAACCAGCCCGGCUCCAGCAUCCCCGGAGGGGACAAAAGGGGAACCAGAAGCGUCGGCAGCCAGUCCGGCCCCUGGCUCUCCACAGAACGCUGACUUGGUCCCCCUUGACCUCUCUCUAGGAGGCCCUGGGAGCCCCGGGCCUGGGAAGAGCAUGUGUCUGAGGCCUGGGGCCCAGGAGAGUCCCGUGUCCCCGGGGGACGGUUCUGAGCAGCCUGUGGGGUGGGGUGACCCCCAGGCUGAGCAGGAAGUCCAGACUUGCUCUGAGCCACAACGAGGAGCAGGGCCCCCAGAACCCAGGAAAGACAGGUCUGGCAAGGCUGGGGCCCAGCAGGGCCUGGCACCGCGAAGCAGGCCCCCCAGAGGAACUGGCCCAGGAGCGAGGGGCACGGGAGGUGUGAGGAGUAGAAGGGGGGGCCCUGGCCCUGCAGGGAGAUGCUGAGCAAAGCCCCUGGGAGCAGGGGCACCACCCUGGGGAGAGAAGGGAAGAUCACCGUCAAGAGUCUUCUCUGUGACGGGCGUCUGGUUGCUGUGGCCUGUGGCCUCUGGCUCAGCAGUUCGGCAAACGCUCUGGCCCAGUGACCUGUGGGGGCAGGAGCUGUC